AUUAUUGAUCACAGAUUAUAGAGUCACAGAUAUACUCGCCGCUAUAAACUUAUUCCAGAAAAAUAUAGUAAAAAAAUAUCCCGGGGCGAAAACUUGAGAUAUUAACCAAAUUUUUGACUUUUAUAAGAUCAACUAAAAAUUAUUUGGAAUUUCCCAAGCAUAGAAAGAUGUCAGCCAGCCAAAUAUUCAAUAGGAUUGGCCAAUUAGGUCUAGGUUUGGCUCUUACGGGAGGUGUAAUAAAUUCGGCUUUAUACAAUGUUGAUGGAGGUCAUAGAGCAGUUAUUUUCGAUAGAUUUACCGGUAUCAAAAAAGCGGUUGUUGGCGAAGGUACACAUUUUUUCGUUCCCUGGGUACAAAGACCAAUCAUUUUUGAUGUGAGGGCAAGACCUAGGAAUGUUCCUGUUAUCACUGGAAGUAAAGAUUUGCAGAAUGUGAAUAUUACACUCAGAAUUCUGUUUAGACCGGUUCCUGAUGAACUCCCCAAAAUUUAUAGUACUCUUGGUCAAGAUUAUGAAGAGAGGGUGUUACCUUCUAUUACAACAGAAGUUCUUAAAGCAGUAGUAGCUCAAUUUGAUGCAGGAGAACUAAUCACACAACGAGAUCUUGUUUCUCAGAAAGUUAGUGAAGAUUUGACAGAAAGAGCAGCACAAUUCGGUGUAAUUUUAGAUGAUAUCUCUAUCACACAUUUAACUUUUGGCAGAGAAUUCACUCAAGCCGUUGAAUUGAAACAAGUUGCUCAACAAGAUGCAGAAAAGGCUAGAUUUUUGGUGGAAAAAGCUGAACAAAACAAAAAAGCAGCUAUAAUCUCUGCAGAGGGAGAUGCACAAGCAGCAACUUUACUUGCUAAAGCUUUUGGUGAUGCUGGAGAAGGUUUGGUUGAAUUGAGAAGAAUAGAAGCAGCAGAAGAUAUUGCAUAUCAAUUAUCAAGAUCUAGACAAGUUGCUUAUCUUCCCGGUGGUCAGAAUUUGUUGUUGAAUGUUCCUACACCAGGAAAUUAAGUGAAAAAUUUGUCGUCAAACUCUUUGUGAUUUAUGAGCUUUUCUAUUUUAGUGGACAGUUUGGGAUACUUCUAUUACUAUAUUUAAUUUGUUUAUAGAAUAGAAAUACUACAUCUGUAGAAUUCUGAACUUCGCAAAUUGUUACUGAUAAAAUAUAUAUAUUUUGAUUUGUAAUUUUCUCGUCUAUUAGUGACAUCUUCCCAAGGUUAAAAAAUAUAUAUACUUUGAUUUGUAA